AUGUCCCAGUUAUUAGAUACUUCCUACGGCAAAGCCAACGUCAAGUUUUUGAAAGUCAGAAAAGACGCCGCAAACCCAGCUGUCCAAGAUGUUUUGGAGGCCAACUGCCAAGUUUUGUUGAGAGGCAACUUUGACGUUUCCUACACCGAAGCCGACAACUCCCCUGUCGUGCCUACAGACACUGUCAAAAACACCAUUUUGGUGGAGGCCAAGAAGACAAACGUGUGGCCAAUCGAAAGAUUUGCAGCCCACUUGGCCAAACACUUCACGGGGAAGUACUCCCACGUGUCUGGUGUCGAAAUCACCAUUGUCCAAUCGCGCUGGACAAAGUAUGAGGUCAACGGAAGCUUGCACGCCCACUCUUUCCGCAAUGAGGGCCCAGAAACCCGCAGAACGUUCUUGGUCUACUCAAAAGCAUCUGGCCAAUUGAGCAUCACUUCCUCCAUCAAGGAUUUGACCGUCUUGAAGUCCACAGGCUCCAUGUUCUAUGGCUACCACCAAUGUGACUACACCACUUUGAAGCCCACCAAGGACCGGAUCUUGUCGACCGACGUGGAUGCGCUGUGGAAAUACAGUGCCUCGGCUUUGAAGUCGCUUGACAACGUCAUCACUCUUGCCGACAAGGGCGUUUUCGACCAGACUUACGACACCGCUCGUAAAGUCACUUUGGACUUGUUUGCAUUGGAAAACUCUCCCUCCGUGCAAGCUACCAUGUACAACAUGGCGUCUUUGAUUUUGUCAAAGGCCCCUGCUGUGGAGCUGGUGACAUACGUUUUGCCUAACAAGCACUACAUCUUGUACAACUUGGAGUGGAAGGGCAUCAAGGACAAUACCGAGUUGUUCUAUCCUUCGCCUGAUCCAAAUGGCUUGAUCAAGUGCACAGUGGGCAGAAAGACUGCCAAGUUGUAG